AUGAAAAUCCUUCCGGCAAGUCCCGCAAUCACACCGCCACCUCUCCCUGCACAACCUGGCGGACGGUCUCGCACACAAAUGAGGGUCGCGAUCCAGGGCUGCUGCCACGGUGAGCUCAACACGAUCUACGAGCGAAUAAACCACCUCGAGACGACCAAUGGCUACAAAGUCGACAUGCUGCUCAUCUGUGGCGACUUCCAGGCCAUCCGCAAUCACCAGGAUCUGCAGUGUAUGGCGGUCCCCGACAAGUACAAGGCGCUUGGCGAGUUCCACCAGUACUACACCGGGGAGCGGCAAGCGCCAAUCCUGACGCUCGUCAUCGGAGGGAACCACGAGGCGUCAAACUACAUGUGGGAGCUGUACCAUGGCGGGUGGUUGGCGCCGAAUAUGUAUUAUCUUGGAGAGGCUGGCUGUGUUCGGGUGAAUGGGUUGCGGAUCGCUGGCGCGUCGGGAAUCUUCAACCGGGGAUCAUUCAAGCAGGGUCACUACGAGACUGUGCCCUACGACCGGAGUUCGAUCCGGAGUGUAUACCACACUCGAGAGUACGCCAUCCGAAAACUCUCUCUGCUGUCUCCCCACCCGGACGUCGUGCUGUCACACGACUGGCCGCAGUCCAUAACCGACCACGGGGACCUGCAGCGGCUUCUCCGGGACAAGUCGUUCUUUGCAGAGGACAUCAAGACGGGGAGACUGGGCUCGCCGCCGCUCAGGCAUUUGCUCGGCACAUUGCAGCCUCGAUGGUGGUUCUCCGCUCACCUGCACACGCGCUUCGAGGCGGCAGUGCAUCACGGUGGGAAACCGGCACAGCCUGUCGAGCGCGACCCGAACGAGAUCGUGAUUGAGGAUGACGAAGACGACGAGGAAGCGAAUCCUCCACCCGCUGCUGAUCCCCCGCCUGGAGAACCAUCAGAGGCCCAACCGAUACCACCUCCCCCACGCGUCACCCGCUUCCUUGCGCUUGACAAAUGCGGAGCGAAGCGCAAGUUCCUCGAAGUUGUGGAAAUCGAGGACACGGUCCAGGGCCCCGGCCCGCCGAGGCUGACGUUCGACCCUGAGUGGCUAGCGAUCUCGCGCGCCUUCCACCCGCUUCUUUCGCUGGACCGCCAGCAGCCCGGUUUCCCCUCGGAAGAACUCGCUCGGAAGCAGGUGGAGGAGGCGCGCGCGGCGAUCGUCGCGGAGCUGGCUGCGCGCGAGCCUGGGCUGAGCAUCGACGACUUGGAGGUGGGAUCGGUGCAGGAGUUCGCGAUGACGGCCCCAGGCCCCGGGAUGGAGGAGCAGAUGGGCGGGCGGAGGUCCCAGCCGGCGUGGUACACCAAUGCGCAGACGGUCAAGUUUUCUCCGUUAUGUAUAAAGUAUGCCCGUGGUACCUCCGGGACUCAGUCUAAGACACCCACCCCGACACCUGUUGGCUCUGCCUUUGUAUCACCAACCCACCCACUGCUCACGAUGUUUUCGCUGCAUAUCGGGACAUUCUUGAUCUUCUCUGCGAUGGCGCUGCUCAUCGUGGCGAGCAUAUCCGCACCGACCUUCAGCCAGAUCGACUUCCUCAGUGCUUCUUCCAAUAAUGGGGCGUCUAUCCGCUUUGGCACGUUUGGGUUCUGCGUGCUGGACGGACGGGGCGGAAAGAGUUGCACCGCAGCGCAGAUCGGGUACCGCAUUGCGAACGAAAUCUCGGCGUUGGGCAUUAGCCCGUUAAGCGGGGGCCAGGCGUCUACACUGCACGGUGCGACGCAGGCGCUCAUUCUGCAUCCCAUUGCCGCUGGCAUUGCCGGCAUUGCGUUCUUGCUGGCGCUGUGCUCCCACCGCCUCGGGUAUAUCGUCGCCGCGUUCGUCGCGUUCAUCGCGUUCAUCGUGUCGCUGGCUGCGAUGAUCGUCGACUGGGUCAUCUUUGGGAUCGUCAGGCACCAUGUUAACAGCAACGGUGGCCAAGCUUCGUUCGAGAACGCGAUCUGGAUGGUGCUUGCGGCCACGAUUGUGCUGCUGCUGGCGUCCAUCACGACCUGCUUUGCAUGUGUUACUGCGCGUCGCCGAUCUUCGACGAGGACGACGUACGGGGGCAACUAUUGAUCACGACAAGGAAAGUCAUGGAAAACAUGGCAAUGACUAGGGAGAUGUGCGCAUGAUUUGUUAAUGAUAUUGUAUUCAUAAGUGUCUGUCAAUUACCUACCUACAAAUGGACGUUUAAAAACGACGAAUCGGCGUACCUCUGUGCGA